GCCGCCAUGGUGAAAUUGGUAGACACGCUGCUCUUAGGAAGCAGUGCUAGAGCAUCUCGGUUCGAGUCCGAGUGGCGGCA